AUGUCACGCUCGUGUCGCGGCCCGCAGCUGGGCAGCCGCGAUUGUGACGGCACAUCUAUAGUCGGUCGCACGCCGCGGCAACAUCGCCCGUACCCCGAGCACGCCCGGUACGGACCGCAGUGCCCGGUGUUGGCGUCCGUGCUGGCAAGAGGUUGGGUUGCUACGAAUUCACUGCGCGAUCUGAACAUCGACCUGCCGGCUGCGGACGGGCAGAGAAUCGAGUCGUCGCCGACAACCCCCCGAUCUGGCAAGGUGCUCUUUAUGAGGCGUGACGGCGGGCCCCGCCCCCAGAUGAAUCGCGAACCCGGACUCGCUCUCCGUCAAGCUGUCGACCGCAAGCUGCGAGCGUACCCAGAACAACGCUACGCCCGCCGUUGCAAGCUGGUCGUCUGCGGGGUUGUGCGGGGUUGUCAAUACGCAGAAAUCGUCGCCGCGGGCGCCGGCUAUUGGGUUUGUGCCUCAGAUGCUCGGGUCGAGGACACGGUCCAAGCGGCACCCGCAGGCGCGCCGCGAACACAGGAGAUGGACAUUUUUGCGGAGAUGCCAGCACUGGAACGUCCGAAGCCGGCAGAGCAGAUCUCGACGAAAGAGCCGCAGCAAGAAGACAGGCAAAAGGACACGCUUGAGGAGACCCAGCCCCAGCCUCUCAGAACCGACCUGGACGGCAGACUCGAUGAAAGAUCUGUUCUGCCCACUUCGCCUUUCCGAGGUUAUCGCGAGCGACGAAGACUAGGACAGCUGGCAAAAGAGAGCUGGCAGGCUUGGCAGCAGGAACAUGGCGUGACCCUGGGGCAGCUGCAGCGCGCAACAAUCCCCAGACAAAGCCCGAGCUUGUCCGGGCAGCACAUCACGAGAAACAGCAUUGAACCAGACCAGCCAGCCAAUCUCUGCUUUGCUGAGUGGCCUACUGCAGAUGCAGCGUGCAGCUCCGAGGCGAGUCGAGCGCGAGAUUUGCCGACACACGUCGGCGAAGGCGGUCGUCGUAGCAACAUGCAAAUCGAGACUGACGCAGGACGAGAGUCCAGGACAAGCUUUCCCCAGACAAGCAACCUGCAGCAUCCAGCCCAGGCACUGCAGCCACCGCUGUCGGAAAGCACACAUUCAGCAUACGAAGCCUUGCAGCGAUGCGAGGAAAGCCUUCAAGGAACCCAGACUCAGGCAGGUUCCAAGAAGCAUGCAGAGCCGGCCCAGACCCAGACGACUCCGGAGAGCACCUUUGCUCAUAGGGGUCACAAGCCAAUGGUCAGACACUUCUCAUACCCGCCGGCACCCGAACGCCCAGAGGCCAAGAAGGUUCAGCUGUUCAACAUGGCAGCCGGCGACAUGCCUGCUGACAUGACGAAAAGCCUACCGUGCAUCCUUUCGCCAAGCCGCAAACUGCGGCGUAACUUUCAAGGCGUCGCGGAGAGCCUUCAGGAAGCUGCGGCGGCCCUGCAGCGACUCUCUCAGAACUGCCAGGCGUCUCCGCUUCACUCGCAGCCUGUGCCGGGCUGCGUUGAGUCAGGCCCAGAUAGCCACCUGAACUCCGAGCCAGACCUGAGGCCUCGCUGCAGCCCACGGACCUUGCAGGAGCAGAACGCCUCACUGCAGACUCAGCUGGCAGAGGCUCAAAGGCGCAUCGAAGAGCUCGAAGAGGAAAGGCAAAACUUUUUCCAUGAAGGCAUUUACGACCUUGUUAAUGCAGUCUGCACCAGUCCUCAGUGUCGGAGCAGCUUCCAAGACGGGAGCGUGUCCCGAAGCUUCGAGGAGCCAGGUGCUACCAACGCAAACGUCCACCAUGCAAGUCCAGCCGCCGCCCGACUGGUUGUGGAUGUUCUGCUUCAGCUUGUGUCCCAGGAGCACCAGCGAUUGAAGCGUGACCAGCGCAGUGGCUGUGCAGAUCAUGGCAUCGUUCCCGAAGGCAAGACUGUUGUCAAGGCACAGCCCACCCUGGGAGCAGAAAGCUUGGAGGAAGAUGGCACAACAGUCAUUCUGGAGGGUGGCUUCCGAUUUACUGGCACAUGGGUCGAUGAUCAGAAGCAAGGUUACGGCAUCCUCGAGCAACCCGAUGGAAGCCGCUUCGAGGGCAAUUUCGUCGAUGACAAGCCCAACGGCGAGGGCCGGUUGGCUUACAUAUCCGGCGAUGUCUACGAGGGGCAAUGGGUCAAUGAGCGAGCAGAAGGCUUCGGCGUGUUCACCCGCAGGGAUGGGAGUUCCUACGAGGGCCAGUGGCUCAAUGACCUCCAGCACGGCUAUGGCAUCGAAACCUGGCCCGACGGCUCCCGAUUUGAGGGCAUGUACUGCGCAGGCGCCAAGGAUGGACAUGGUAAAUUCCUCUGGUCUGAUGGCGCCAUAUACAAGGGAUCCUUCAGCAACAACUGCUUCCACGGGUCUGGUGACUACAGGUGGCAAGACGGUCGCCGAUACAAGGGGGGAUGGGACAAGAACAAGCUUCAUGGACCUGGCCUGAUGGGCGAUGCUACCAGGGUCAUUACAUCCGAGAUCACAAGCAUGGAGAGGGAUGCUUUCGCUGGUCUUCCGGGGCGCAGUACAGUGGCCAGUGGCUACAAGGCCUGA